AUGUUGGCCUAUGACAGCCAAACCAAUGAGAUUUUCGAUCCAAUGAAAGAAAUUGUAGCCAAGACAUUUGUAAAGAACUCUCUAGUACAUCGCAAAAGCAUUGGAUUGCUGCUUCAGUUAUAUUCACAUUACAGAAGAAUGAUGUGUGCUAUAUCGCUAAAGUUUUUAAUAAUUUCACUACUUUACCAAGAGGUUAAGUUAAUUAUUCAAAUUGAUCGGAUUAAUUGCUCUUCCAACAAUGUGGCGUUUUCGAGCUUCGAAAUGUGUCGAUUGAGAUACUAUAAAGCAAAUUGUCAGGAAUUUUCAUUUUAUAUAAAAAUGCUAAAGACUGUUACGCAUUGUGACACAAGGUUGGAAGCCAUCUACCUAACACCCAAAAUACCCGUAAAACUGCUCAACCUGUCCUUUGAUGCCUGUGAGAUAUUACAAAGUUCCAAGAAAUUUUCGGCGGCCAGGCGAAUUUUCGACAUAGUUGCCAAGAAAACUAACUUCAAUCACACGUGCCCAUAUGCGCACAAUGUUUUUGGAAGCAAUAUUACACUGGAUUCUAACCAAAUUCCAUAUGUACAGUUAAAUGGAAAAUAUUCCGUUAAAGCCACUUUCAAUAUUAACCACGGUGCAAAUAUAAUCGUAGUCGAAGGAUUUGGAAAAGUGGUUUGA